AUCACCUUCUCUCUUCUCUCUUAGAGGCAUGAACAGAGGAGCUCAAAGAUACAGUAACCUCGCUGCUGCUGUCGAAAACACUAUUACACCACCUGUGAAAGUCGAACACACACAGCUUCUAAUCGGUGGAAGAUUCGUUGAUGCAGUGUCAGGAAAAACUUUCCCUACUUUGGAUCCAAGGAAUGGAGAAGUGAUUGCUCAGGUAGCUGAAGGUGAUGCAGAAGAUGUGAACCGCGCGGUUGCAGCUGCACGAAAGGCUUUUGAUGAAGGACCAUGGCCUAGAAUGACUGCUUAUGAGAGAUCAAAGAUACUGUUUCGUUUCGCGGAUUUAAUUGAGAAACAUAACGAUGAGAUUGCUGCUCUUGAGACUUGGGAUAAUGGGAAACCAUAUGAACAAUCUGUUCAGAUUGAAGUCCCAAUGCUUGCUAGAGUGUUCCGGUACUAUGCUGGUUGGGCAGAUAAGAUACAUGGAAUGACAAUGCCAGGAGAUGGUCCACACCAUGUGCAGACAUUGCAUGAGCCUAUAGGAGUAGCUGGACAAAUCAUCCCAUGGAACUUCCCUCUUCUCAUGCUUUCUUGGAAACUUGGACCAGCUUUAGCUUGCGGUAACACCAUUGUUCUCAAGACUGCUGAGCAAACUCCUUUAUCUGCUCUUCUUGUUGGGAAACUUCUUCAUGAGGCUGGACUUCCUGAUGGAGUUGUGAAUAUAGUUUCUGGAUUUGGUGCAACAGCUGGUGCAGCUAUAGCUAGUCACAUGGACGUUGAUAAGGUUGCUUUCACUGGGUCUACUGAUGUUGGGAAGAUUAUUCUUGAGUUGGCUUCAAAAAGUAACCUUAAGGCAGUGACUCUUGAGCUUGGAGGCAAGUCACCAUUCAUUGUAUGUGAAGAUGCUGAUGUUGAUCAAGCUGUUGAGCUUGCACAUUUCGCUUUGUUCUUUAACCAGGGACAAUGCUGCUGUGCUGGUUCGCGUACAUUUGUACAUGAACGCGUAUAUGAUGAGUUUGUAGAGAAAGCUAAAGCUCGUGCACUUAAGCGCAAUGUUGGAGAUCCCUUCAAAUCAGGCAUUGAGCAAGGUCCCCAGGUUGACUCAGAGCAAUUCAAGAAAAUCUUGAAGUACAUCAAAUAUGGAGUUGAGGCUGGAGCCACAUUACAAGCUGGAGGUGACCGGCUUGGUUCCAAGGGUUACUACAUUCAACCUACUGUCUUCUCAGACGUGAAAGAUGACAUGCUCAUAGCCACAGACGAGAUUUUCGGGCCGGUUCAAACCAUACUGAAAUUCAAGGAUCUUGAUGAGGUGAUUGCAAGGGCCAACAACUCAAGGUACGGUUUAGCUGCAGGAGUGUUCACACAAAAUCUGGACACAGCGCACCGGCUAAUGCGAGCACUCAGGGUUGGGACCGUUUGGAUUAACUGUUUCGAUGUUCUUGAUGCAUCGAUUCCAUUUGGAGGGUAUAAGAUGAGUGGCAUUGGAAGAGAGAAAGGUCUCUACAGUCUCAACAAUUACUUGCAAGUCAAGGCUGUUGUCACUUCCCUCAAGAACCCGGCCUGGCUCUAAACCAUACCAGGUGGUAUCUCGCCUUUAAGUAGCUGGACUUACGCUUAUUUAUCGAGUUUGGUUUAUAAUGGAUUUGCACUUUUGCUUUGGGAAACCUGGAGUUGUUUUGUCUCUAGGUUUUCUAGAUUUUGAGAGUAAUAAUUUAUCUUCAAACAC